AAAAGAAGGCGAUUGACAACUUGUAUCUUUUGUAUAUUGUCACCUAGACUGCUAAUUUUCUGUGUUAGAACAUGGAGCGUAUAAUUAUCGUCCUUUGUUUGGUUCCCUGUAUGCUUGCAAUGACAACUCCAGCUAGCAGCGAAUUAGAAGUGUGUGAUCCUGUAGAUAUAGCAUUUAUAGUAGAUACAUCAUCAAGUUUAUGGUUCAAACAUUUUAAGCUACAAAUUAAGUUUAUACAUGACAUCAUAAGUCUCUGGGACAUUGGACCAGGAAAUCAACAAAGCAGAGCGGCGGCCGUGUCGUUCAGUAGUAGAUUGUUUCCUGAAUUUGGCUUUUCUGACUCCCAGAGUAAAAAAAGUGUUUUGACUGCGGUUAAUAAUAUAACAUACGUCGCAGGGGACGCAACCCGGAUGUAUCUCGGACUGGAAUACGCCCAUGACACCAUUUAUGCUCCUGGUAACGGUGAACGCCCAAAUGUCCCAAAUGUUGUUGUUAUUCUUACUGAUGGUGUCACCAAUCCAGGACAUUAUGACAAUUUCACGAGGGAAGUAGCUAAGAAACUGACACAAACACAAGCCGCACGAGUUAGAGAUCUUCCAGCCAACCUCUUUGCUAUAGGGAUCGGUAACGAUAUUGAUGAAAAUGAAGUGAGAGGGAUAGCCAGCCAACCUUCGGAAUCAUAUAGCUUAUUUGUUAACAAUUUUGAUGACCUUAAUUCCAACUUUGUUAAAAAAUCAGUACUUCGAAAAGUUUGUGGUUCUUUACCACAGAAAAUUGAAGAAUGUAAGCAGACGAAAGCAGAUAUCUUUUUCGUUGUUGACGAGUCUUCUAGUUUGCACCAGGAAAAAAACUUCCAAAGGGAACUUACCUUUGUCGCCUCUGUGAUUGACCAACUUGAGGUUGGCCGCGAUGAUGUCCGAGUUGGAAUGAUGACAUUCAGCAGUGACCCAAGAAUGCUUUUCCAGUUGGAUGACUUCAAAACAAAAGAACAGAUGGCUACCCUAUUGAAAUCUAUCCCAUGGCGUGGUGGGGACACAUAUUUAGACAAAGCUUUGAAACGUCUUAUGACAGAUGGUCUUGUAGCAUCACAUGGUAGCCGAAACAAUGUACCACAGAUAAUAAUUGUUAUAACUGACGGGAAAUCAACUAAUCCAAGAGAAACCGAGAAGAUGCUGGUUGAGUUACGCAGGAGGAACUUUAUUGUUUUUGCUAUAGGUGUUGGACCACAACGAGAUCCCGCAGAACUACUACGCAUUGCCUCCGAUCCUUCUUAUGUGCUGGAAGUUGAAAAUAUUGAUGGCUUGGUUGAAAUAAGGAAGAAGCUAAUCACGCAACUGUGUCCAGGAGAUCGACCAGAACCGCCAAAACCAAUAACUUGCCAAGGAGCAAUUGCCGAUAUCAUAUUUAUAGCUGAUAGUUCGACGAGUAUAGGUAUCACUGCCUUCAAAGACCUUAAGGAGUUCGCCAAAUCUGUGGUAAACAGAUUCACCAUCGGUCCAAAUAACAUUAAGAUAGGUCUUGUUACUUUCGCUGAUGAUGCUGAAUUCCAGUUUCGACUGAAUACGUUUAAUGAUAAGACUGAAGUGAUAAAGGCCAUCUCAAACAUGCCAUACAGUACCGGAAACACAAAUACACAUAAGGCUUUGGAAUUACUCAAUAAAUUUGGGUUUACAGCUAAUUUUGGAGGAAGAGGAAAUAGAGUACCUAAAAUAGCUAUCGUUAUAACGGACGGAGCAUCGAGACAACCCACACUGACGAGAACUCUGGCUAUUAAGGCAAAAAAUCAAGGAAUAAUGAUGUUCUCAAUUGGAGUUGGACCUUACAUAGACCAGAAUGAGCUGGACAUCAUGGCAUCUAGUCCUACCUCAAUGUAUUCGUUUUCUGUUGAUAGUUUUGCUGCUUUGUCGUCAAUAGAAGGUUCCUUAGCUAAUAGGACAUGUACAGCUGCAGGACAAAGAAAUCCGUGAGAAGAUACAUGUCAGCUAUAAAUAAAAUCGACUUUGAUGGGAUAGCAGCAUUUUUGUAAAGACUGUAGAAGGAUUCUGCUGUCAAUACAUCAUUAUAUUUAAAUAUAUAUCUUUGUACCAAUAAAACUAAUAAUAGUGUCA